CUUCAGCCUGGUGAGGUUCAAAUUGCAGUCAGUCAGCAGAAGUAGCCUGCAGUACUGCACUCUAACCACUGUAGCUCUUGCAAAAACCUUUAGAUUCAGUUCUACUUAAUGGCUACACCAGUGGUCUUUCAUGACAGCUCCACCCUGGAGAGAAACCAUUUCAAAAUCUUUGGGUUGGUGCGCUUCCUGAGCUGUGUCUUUUUUACACACACAACACACACACACCAGACUUUCAUGGCACCUUUUCAACCUGCUUUGUGCCUCUUGUGUACCUCCAUGCAGUCUCACUCACCCUCUUCUCAUGGGCUCCCCUGCACUUUCAUGCAUCCUUUGCUGACUCUCACCGUCCCUCUUCCACACCCCUUGUGUAUUCCUCCUGACCCACGCCACUCCUUUCAUUCACCUUCCUGAUCUUUGCAACCCUGUGUGGCCAACGUGCAGCCAUCCUGACCAGCAUCACACCUUCUUGCACAUUUUCUCACACCUUUCCCAACACAUUGUGUUUCUCAUGCAUCCUUCCUAACCUACCCUGCACCUCUUGUACGUCCCUCGCACUCUUCCUAACCUUUGUCAUGCUCCUCAUGUACCCCCUCCCAGGUCUGGAUUGCAUCUUUUGUACAACCCCCCCCCCCCCCCCGGAAUGGUCUCACCCCCUCUCCAACCUGCACUAUGCCUCUCAUGCAUUCUGUCACACUCUUUCACAUUGUCUUACUCCUUCCCUGUCUUGCUCUAUGACCACAUUGUUUUAGCAACUGAAAUUCUGGCCCAAUUGCUGUUGUAAGUUGAGGACUGCCUGUAUUUUUUUUUUCUUUGAUUCACAAUUGCCAACUUUUUCUGACCAGGUACAUUUUCUCCCCUCUCCCCCCUUUCAGCUGGCUGGAAGAAUCCUCUUUAACUCUUUUCUGGAGGAUGUCUGUUCAUGGGGCGAACAUAAACUAAGUUCCGAAAAAUCAGCAAGAGGUGACUACGACGGCUUCUCGAGGAAUCCGACUUCCUAUUAGAUUCUAAGCCGAUUGCUUCUUUUCUCCGCAUUUCCAAAGCCAGAAAUCUAAGUUAAAGUAGAAAUGGAGAAGAGUUCGCCUCCUGUUGGGACGAUUAAGGAAUUCCUAAAUUGCUCACCAUCCUGGAAAGACCGUGUGGAUCUAAAUGGAAUGGUUGUGAAGCCCCAGUACUGGGAAGUCUGGCAGCAGGUCCUUCUUCCGAGUCCACAGCACAAAGAGACAGAUGCAAGCCCUCCUAAGAUAAUGCUGGAUGACAUUCAGGUUUGUGUGGUUUCCUCUGAAAAUUCUCCUGAUUCCUUUAAAGAGAAGGAGGCCAACACUGAAGGGAAAGUUGGAAUUGAUUGUGUGAUUACUAUUGAAGAAGAAAUUGAAGUCCAAGGGAAGUCCUCACCAGAAUCUAGGAUUGAGCUCAGAGAUGAUAUCAAGAUUUGCACCGUGCCAGAAUUACAAGAUGAGGCCGCAUUAAUGGCCACAGAUGGAGGGAAGACUAAGGACUUCACAAAACCUGUUAAAGGUAGAGGCUUCUCCAAAGUUGAAAAGGCCACUCAAACUGAAGUCACGCAGAUGGAGAUGACUAAGAUCUGUGAGGACUAUAUUCAGAAGGCAGAAGGAUCCAAGGACACCUUACGGGGCAAUCACCAGGCCAAUGUGGUUUCCCAAAACAAACCAAGAGAUUCUGAAGAAGGGAUGAUCCAUUUAACAGAACCUGACAGAAUAGGAGAACUUGAAGAGGCAGCUUGUAAUAAUCUCACAGCUGGAGAAGAGGAAGAAGUGACAAGCAUCUUGAAAGAAGGAGGCAUUGCCAUGGAGAGUGCCCGCCAGAGUUUUCGCUGGUACUGUUACCCAGAAGGUGAGGGACCCCGAAAAGCUUACAGGCAACUAUUGGACCUUUGCCACCAUUGGUUGAAACCAGAGAGACGUAGUAAGGAACAGAUUCUAGAACUGCUGGUCCUGGAACAAUUUUUGGCUACCUUGCCCAAAGAAAUACAGAAUUGGGUAUGGCAGCAGCACCCGGAAAGUUGCGGUCAGGCUGUCGAGUUGGUGGAAAACUUUCUGACAGGACUUUCUUUGCUUGAGAGACAUGGGAAAAAGGCUCUGGUGACUUUUGAAGAGGUGUCCAUGUAUUUCUCAGAGGAAGAAUGGAGACUCCUAGAUGAAUCUCAGAGGAAGAUUUUCACAAAAGUGAUGAUGGAGAAUUAUGAGAAUGUCCGAGAAUUGGGAUUUCCCACCAACAAUCCAGAUCUCGUCUUCAAAAUGGGGAGAAACAAGAACAAUGAACUGUACAUGGAUAAAAUUCAGAACCUUGAAGAAGGGGCUUCUCCAGAAGUCACAGGAGAGCUGGAGUUUUCAAAUGAAAAGGAAAAGCUGGCAACCCGGACACAAAAGGAUAUGAAAGAUGUCUUGCCAUCCAGGCCAACGUCUCCAAGACCUCUCAAGAGUUGUGAUGCCACUGUCAAGGGUCACUCUCCCAGAAGGCAGAGGGCAAGGUCCCUUUUGCAGCAAACCAUGCCAGGCUUUGCAUGCCCAGACUGUGGCAAGAAGUUCUUUAGCAACUCGGACAUGGCUCGACACCAGUGGCACCAUGCCAGAAAGCAAUCCUACCAGCAUGGAAGUUGUCCCAAGAGCUUCGCCAAGCCCUCUCAACUGGCCCAGCAGCAACAUCGUCAGCCCGGAGAGUGCCAGUGCUCCAAGUGCGGGAAGCGCUUCACGGAUGACUUUGGCCUGGCGCGCCACCAAGCGAUCCAUUCUGCCAAGCGACCUUUCCACCGCCACCACAGGGGCUUCUAUUUUAACUACAACCUGCGCCAGAACCAGAACCAGCCAGCAACCACGGCAGAUUCCCUUUUUCACUGUCCUGACUGUGGUAGGCAAUUCACUCGCCGCUGUAACCUUAUCCAGCAUUCUCGGAUACAUCAGUGGCAGCCACAAGGGAAGCAGGAGGUGCUCCUUUACCCGGGAGGCCAAACCCAAUGAAGCGAUGGAGGGUUAGGUUGGGCAUUGCGCAUAGCAGCAGAGCUGGGGUUCUCUAAAAUAAAGAGGUUGGUGAGCUUUGGGUAGGGGAUAGUGAUGAUGGCAGAAUUUAUUUUUCUUCCUAACAAUUUCCUGCAAGGAUAGAGUCUGCUCCCCCCCCCCCCCCCCCCCCCCAAUAAACUGAGUGUUGAUCUGUGGGUCGCUGUAGGAACCUGCCUAUGCCUGACAUCUUAAAGCCAUGAUUGCAGAUGGAGCGAGAGAUUUGAUGGUGGAGAUGAUGACUCUUGACUCAUCCAGGAUGGAGAGCUGUUGCACCAGAUCAAUUGGGUGAAUGUUCUAAUCUAAAUCUCCAAUCCACUAAUGAGAAUCUUCUGAAUAAUCCUCUGCAGAUGCUCAGUAGAAACUCCAGCUUUUCUCAAGGCCAGGCAACCCAUAAUGAGGAAACAUCCUGAAGCAUCUCGGGAAUGCUGACACUCUUUUAGUUUGUCCAACUUAGCAACCCAGGAUCAGUUUGCUUGUGUUUUUGUCCAACUGUACUACGCAGGUUUGGAUUGUCUGCAAAGUUUUAGUCAGUAUUCAAAUAAUGACCAUUGAGAACCUAGAGGACCAUCAAGUGAUUUCUAUGGACAAAUAUCCGUUCUGGUGGUAACAAAUGUGAAUAAAGCUGCAGAGACUAUUCUAGCACUAGUAAGCCUAA